AGAUUAAAGAACAAAAAGUUGUUGUGGAUGAACUUUCUAACCUGAAGAAAGACAGGAAAGUAUAUAAGCAGCAGAAAAACAGCAACAUAUUCUUUCUGGCAGACCGAACUGAAAUGCUUUCUGAAAGCAAAAAUACAUUGGAUGAACUGAUAAAAGAAUACCAAGAAAUGGAAAACUCAGAUAAGACUAAGAUAAAAAAAUAAUCCACUUAAUUUCCCAUAAGAAUGUGUGGCAUUUGUUGCUCGGUCAGCUUUGCUGUUGAACAUGCCAACAGAGAUUUGAGAGCGGACUUACUGUACAAUCUUAAACAGCGUGGACCCAGCAGCAGUAAACAGUUGUUAAAGUGUGAUGCUAACUACCAGUGCUUGUUUUCUGGACACACCCUUCACUUGAGAGGCGCUGUAACUGCCCAGCCUUUGGAAGAUGAAGGAGGCAAUGUGUUCCUGUGGAAUGGAGAAGUCUUUAAUGGACUCAAAGUCGAAACUCAGGACAAUGACACUCGAAUUGUGUUUAACUGUCUUUCCUCUUGUACAAAUGAAUCCGACAUUUUGUCACUCAUCUCAAAAGUCCAGGGUCCUUGGUCUUUUAUAUAUUAUCAAGCAUCUAGUCAUUCUUUAUGGUUUGGUAGGGACUUUUUUGGGCGCCGUAGCUUGCUUUGGCAUUUUAAUAACUUGAGUGAAAGUUUCUGCCUCUCUUCAGUUGGCACCCAGACAUCUGGAGUGGUCACUCAGUGGCAGGAAGUUCCCGUAUCUGGAAUUUUCAGAAUUGAUCUCCACUCUACUGCCACUUCCAAGUGUGUGAUUUUAAAAUUAUAUCCUUGGAAUUCUAAUUCUGGGGAGAAGGUUAUCCAAGAAUGUGUUGGUAGCCUGACCCAAAUUUCAGCAAAUUUGCCUAAGUUUGUAUCAGUGGAAGCAAGUGAAGCCAAACUAUAUCUUGAAAACCCUAUUGUUCCUUUAAAUAUGAUAUUGCCACAAGGUCCCUUUGAGACUCAUUGCACCGACAUUUCCAGAGGCCCACCUACAAGAGAGACCCUUCAAGUCUGUCUCAACACGCACAUGAGGGAAGUGGUUCAACAGUUCAUUGAUGUCCUGAGCAUCUCAGUCAAGAGGCGGGUCUUAUGUUUACCGAGGGAUGAAAGCUUGACGCCAGAUGAAGCUUUGGGAACUCGCGGUAGGAAAGCAAACAUCGCAAUUCUCUUUUCUGGGGGCAUCGAUUCCAUGGUUAUCGCAACCCUUGCUGACCGUCAUAUUCCUUUAGACGAACCAAUUGAUCUUCUUAAUGUGGCUUUCAUGACUACAGAAAAGGCCAGGCCAGCCCGUUUUAACCCAAAAAAGAGUAAGAAGAAAAAUCAUUGUGAAUUCGCUUUUGAAGAAUGCUCCCCAAAUCCUGCUGCCAUGGCUGAUGAUAACCCGGAUACACGAUUCAAUGUGCCUGACCGGGUCACAGGGAGAGCUGGUCUGAAGGAACUACAAGCUAUUAACCCUUCCCGAAUUUGGAAUUUUGUUGAAAUCAAUGUUUCUUUGGAAGAACUGCAAAAAUUAAGAAGAGCCCGGAUAUGUCAAUUAAUUCAGCCCCUGGAUACGGUUCUGGAUGAUAGCAUUGGCUGCGCUGUCUGGUUUGCUUCUAGAGGAAUUGGUUAUGUAGCGGCAGCGGAUAAAGUGAAGUCCUAUCAGAGUGAUGCAAAGGUCAUUCUCACUGGAAUUGGUGCAGAUGAGCAACUUGCAGGUUAUUCUCGCCAUCGAGUCUGCUUUCAGAAACACGGGUUUGAAGGAUUGAAUAAGGAAAUAGAAAUGGAACUAGGUCGGAUUUCUUCGAGGAAUCUUGGUCGCGAUGACAGAGUUAUUGGUGAUCAUGGGAAAGAAGCCAGAUUUCCUUUCCUGGAUGAAAACGUUGUCUCCUUUCUAAAUUCCUUACCAAUUUGGGAAAAGGCAAACCUGACUUUACCCCGUGGAAUUGGUGAAAAGCUACUUCUGCGCCUUGCAGCUAUGCAACUCGGUCUCACAGCCUCGGCUCUGCUGCCCAAACGGGCCAUGCAAUUUGGAUCCAGAAUUGCAAAAAUGGAAAAGAAUAAUGAAAAAGCAUCUGAUAAAUGUGGAAGGCUCCAAGGAGUUUCUUUAGAAAACCUUUCUAUUGAAAAGAGAUGAAAAUGUAAUAUUCUCACAAUGUAACUAUUUACAGAAUAACAUUUAUGUAAAAAUAAAAUCCGGUACUUCUCUGCUUUAUUAUUAUAUAAUUUGGUGGAUUUAAAAUGUAUUAAUUAAACUCUGUAACUAUUCUUGGUGCAUACA